CCCUUUUUUUCGAGAUUCAUCAUCACCACAUUGUGAUAAUUAUCUUCUGAAAUUUUUACCCAGAAAAAAAAAACGGAGUCAUUCAAAUGUUCAUUCAUGAUUCAGCCAACCUUGUAGUAAAUUAGCAGUAGAAAAGCUUCAUUUGGCCGUGCAUGGCGUGAAAAAAGCUACAGUCUUUAUAGAAUAGGAGCAGUAGCAGGGGAAGCAGCAGCACAAGUUGCAGAAGAAGAAGAUUCAACUUUUCCAUUUAUGGAAGAAGAAGCGAAACCAGAGGAGAUAUCGAAGAAAGAGAUUCAGAAAUGAUGAAAAAAUGCUCUAAAUGGGUUUCUUCAGAUCUUGAUUGGAAGCUUUUACUCUUGAUUCUUCCUCCACUUUCUCUCCUUUUCUACUUUUCUCUUUCCUCCAUAUCCGCCAUAGCCAGUAACACUUUUUCCACUUUUACCCCUCUCAAAUCUGUUAUCAACAAUAAUGCCCCUCCUCCGCCUUCUCACAACUUCCUCCCACCGGUUUUUGCGAAUCAAUCGGAGAAGAAAACCGGUUUGGAUCGGUCUAGAAUCGAUGAGUCUCUGUUUCCGCCGGUCUUGUUGAAUCGAUCAGUAACGAAGGAGGAGUUGGAUCGGUCUAGAAUUGCUGUAUGCAUAGUGGGUGGUGCUCGUAGGUUUGAAUUAACUGGGCCUUCUAUAAUCCAGAAAAUUCUGAAAGAAUAUCCGAAUUCUGAUCUGUAUCUUCAUAGUCCGUUGGAUUCUAAUGCCUACAAAUUUUCCAUGUUGAAGACUGCUCCUCGAAUCUCCGCCAUUAAAAUUUUCAAGCCUAAAACCAUUAAAACGACUGAGUUUCAGGUUCGAGUUCUCAGUGCUCGUGGCUCACCUAAUGGUAUUCAGGGCCUGCUGCAAUAUUUCAACCUGGUUGAGGGAUGCUUGACGAUGAUUCAAGCCAACCAGCACAAGAACAACUUCACUUAUGAUUGGAUAAUCCGUACCCGAGUUGAUGGCUACUGGAACGCCCCACUAUCACCCGAGGACUUCAUUCCCGGCGCCUACUUAAUCCCUCCUGGUUCAUCUUACGGUGGCUUAAAUGAUCGUUUUGGCCUCGGUGACUACAACACUUCUGUAGUUGCUCUUUCGCGACUCUCCUUGAUUCCUGAAUUGGAUGCAGCCGGAUACCAUCUCCUCAACUCCGAGGGUGCAUUCAAGUCCCAACUGACUAUCCACAGAGUUCCCUACAUCUCUAAGCGCCUCCCAUUUUGUGUUGUAUCAGAUCGUAGCUAUGAUUUUCCACCACCCCGUUUUGGUGUUCCAGUCGCAGCACUUUCUAGUCCAGGUCCAUUAAGUGGUGCCAAGUGCCGGCCUUGCACUCCUUCAUGCACUGACCAUUGUGUUGGGCUCAUGAUGAACAAACUGUACAAAGGAUGGAGCUGGACUGAUUGGGCCAAUAACACCCUUCAGCUCUGUGAUGCUCAUGCCGAGUGGGAGAGUGGUUGGCAGAAAAUAUUCGACCAAGUGGCAGGUAAUAAACUGGCUGCAGCAAGACAACGAGUUGAUGAUCUAAAAAUGGAGCAGUGUGUGAAAGAUUUCGCGGAAAUAAUGAAAAAGACUGCUUAUUGGGAGGCUCCUCCAGUGUCUCAAAUUUGUCGAUUGGAUUUAUCAGCGCCUACCUAACGUCGAAGCAAAUCGCCAAAUCCAUUAUACUAUAGGUAAACUAUGUAUAGUUUUCUAGCCCCACGCAGUUUUUUUUUACAUAAAAGGUUUUUCAUUCAUUUUUCCUUCCUCAGGAAACAAAAAGAAUUGUAGAAAUUACCUUAGAUGUUCUUGUAGACGAUGGUCUUUUUGUUGGAUAUCUUAUGGAUACUGUCUAAUAUUGUAGCUUUAUGGAGCAAGCAACUUAGAGAAAUGGAGAAAAGUUUCCUGUUUUUUGUAC